AUGGCUUCGGAGGACCUGGUUUCAAAUCUGGUGCUGGCUAUGGACCCACUGCUGGUUUCGGAGGAACUGGCUUUGCAGGAUACGGGCCUGGUUUUUGGUUAUGGAGCAGCUGCCUUCAAGUCCGGUGCUGGCUACGGGCCCAUUGCUGGCUUUGGAGGGUCUGGCUUCAAGUCCGGUGCUAGCUUGGGCUCUGGAUACGGCCAGGGCUACGGCGCUGGCAGCUUCGGCUACGGAGGAGCUGGCUUCAAGUCCAAUGCGGGCUACGGCACCGGAUAUGGCCAAGGCUACGGUGCUGGCUUCGGCAAUCUCGGCGUCAGUUAUGGACUAGGCGCUAAGUAG